CAGGGGCGCCCCGGGCUGGGAAGGGAGCUAGCCUUUGGCAGCCAAGGGGUGCGGAUCCCCGAGGAUCUCUGCUUGGCCCGCUGGGAUGGGCUCUGUCUCCUCUGCUCUGGCGCGGUCCCGCAACACCGUCGUGCAGCCGGGAUCGUCGCCGCCGCCGCAGCCCGAAGUGCCGCUCGCUGCUCCCGAGUCUCGCAAAGACUCUAGAACCCAGAGGCUGGGACUUGGGUGCCAAGGCUCGUCCAGACCUCCCGCCGCUUGGGAGCAGCCGGCGACUAGUCCUAGUCCGGAAGCUCUCCAGAAGUUGGAGGGCGCAGAGCUGUCCCCGGUGCUGAAGUGUUUGCCGACUAUGUCUCAGUCCUCCGGCAGCCGCAGCUCAGCGGAGCCUGGCACUGGGAAGGCAGAGGAGUGGAAUACCCAGCUAGAAACCACAGAGAAACAGGCAGGUGCCGGAGAACAAGUUGCAAAUGAAGCAGGAGAUAAGAAUGCCCGUCCACUUGCCCGCUUCUCCCGGUCUAAGUCACAGAACUGUCUGUGGAACUCUCUCAUUGAUGGACUCACUGGGAAUGUCAAGGAGAAGCCACGGCCAACAAUUGUUCAGGACACCCGACCCCCAGAGGAAAUUCUGGCAGAUGAAUUGCCACAGCUGGAUAGCCCAGAAGCUUUGGUGAAGACAUCCUUCAGGUUACGGUCUUUGGUCAAGCAGUUAGAGCGAGGGGAGGCCUCUGUGGUAGAUCUUAAGAAGAACCUGGAAUAUGCAGCCACAGUACUUGAAUCUGUAUAUAUUGACGAAACAAGGAGACUUCUGGACACAGAGGAUGAACUUAGUGACAUUCAGUCAGAUGCUGUGCCUUCUGAGGUCCGAGACUGGCUGGCCUCCACCUUCACACGACAGAUGGGGAUGAUGCUCAGGAGAAGUGAUGAGAAGCCCAGAUUCAAGAGCAUUGUCCAUGCAGUGCAAGCUGGGAUAUUUGUGGAGAGAAUGUACAGGCGGACAUCAAACAUGGUUGGGUUGAGCUAUCCACCAGCUGUUAUUGAUGCAUUAAAGGAUGUGGACAAGUGGUCCUUUGACGUCUUUUCGCUCAAUGAGGCCAGUGGAGAUCAUGCAUUGAAAUUCAUUUUCUAUGAAUUACUCACACGCUAUGACCUGAUCAGCCGAUUUAAGAUCCCCAUUUCUGCACUUGUCUCAUUUGUGGAGGCCCUGGAAGUGGGGUACAGCAAGCACAAAAAUCCUUACCACAACUUGAUGCAUGCUGCCGACGUCACACAAACUGUGCAUUACCUCCUCUAUAAGACGGGAGUAGCGAACUGGCUGACGGAGCUGGAGAUCUUUGCAAUAAUCUUCUCGGCUGCCAUCCAUGACUAUGAACAUACUGGAACUACCAACAAUUUCCACAUUCAGACACGGUCAGAUCCAGCUAUCCUGUACAAUGACAGAUCUGUACUGGAGAAUCACCACUUGAGUGCAGCCUACCGCCUUCUGCAGGAAGACGAGGAGAUGAAUAUUCUUGUCAACCUCUCAAAGGAUGACUGGAGGGAGUUUCGAACCCUGGUAAUUGAGAUGGUAAUGGCCACAGAUAUGUCCUGUCAUUUCCAGCAAAUCAAAGCCAUGAAGACAGCCCUGCAGCAGCCAGAAGCAAUUGAAAAGCCAAAAGCCUUAUCCCUGAUGCUGCAUACAGCAGACAUCAGCCAUCCUGCAAAAGCAUGGGACCUGCACCACCGCUGGACCAUGUCUCUCCUGGAGGAGUUCUUCAGACAGGGUGACAGAGAAGCUGAGCUGGGGCUGCCAUUUUCUCCUCUGUGUGACAGAAAGUCAACCAUGGUCGCUCAGUCACAAGUGGGUUUUAUUGACUUCAUCGUGGAACCCACCUUCACUGUGCUCACAGAUAUGACUGAAAAGAUUGUGAGUCCAUUAAUCGAUGAAACCUCCCAGCCUGGUGGGACAGGCCAGAGGCGCUCAAGUUUGAACAGCAUCAAUUCAUCAGAUGCAAAGCGAUCAGGUGUCAAGAGUUCUGGGUCAGAAGGAAGUGCUCCCAUCAACAAUUCUGUCAUCCCUGUUGACUACAAGAGUUUUAAAACCACCUGGACUGAAGUGGUGCACAUCAACCGGGAGCGGUGGCGGGCCAAGGUGCCCAAAGAGGAGAAAGCCAAGAAGGAAGCUGAAGAGAAGGCUCGCCUGGCUGCUGAGGAAAAGCAAAAGGAAUUGGAAGCCCAAAGCCAAACUGAAAAAGGCACAUCCAGCAAAGCUGAGAAAAAGACAUCAGGAGAAACAAAAGGUCAAGUCAAUGGAGCACGUACAAACAAGGGAAAGAACCCCAAAGGAGACAAGGCAGGAGAAAAACAGCAGAAUGGUGACCUGAAAGAUGGUAAAAAUAAGGCAGACAAGAAGGAUCACUCCGGCACCGGAAAUGAUUCCAAGAAAACAGAUGAUCCCGAAGAGUAGAAAAGAUCUCACAUAGACUGAGGCUGCCAGUGUCUCGCGCCAUUUUAGCUGAGCUUCUUCAUUCUCCUUCUUCCACAAAGACCCAUAUGUGGGAAGGCGUACAGCUUUCAAAACCACGUCCCACAUUUGGCCUUCCCUCAUGCUGUCUCCUCCCAGGGGCCUCUAGGGGUUGGCUGUGGUCUUAGAAUUAUGGGGGAUUUUCUCCCCCGUGAUCACACAAACCCCACUUAAGGUUUGUUUUGUUUUGUUUUGGCCUCACUCCUAAAGCAGCAUUCAAACACAAAAGAAAGUCUAUUUUACAAUAAUUUGGCUUUCACAGCACCUGUCGAGCCUGGUGAAAAACCGUCCUGGAUGUGCUGAAUGAGGCCUGGAAAAGUCCCUCACACAGUGACUGCCAUUUUGGUUUUGUUAGUGCUGUUAAUUUAGAAUGUUGCCCUGCAUACUGACUCAUGAUGGUGACUAUAGCCGGGCUUGGCCUUCAUCACAGCUAAAGGGAAAUGCCAAUCUUUGGUUCUUUUUUUUUCCAGUAGAUAACAUUCACUUUGUUCAGUUUAUUUUAAGGUUUAAAAUUUGUUCUUAUGUUUUUUUUUCCAUUUGUAUAAUAUGAAAUUGUUUGUCUUUUAAGAGGAGAUUAUCUUAUAGGAAUAUGUAUUUGAUGCUUAAUUUAUUAUCUGUAAAUUCAUGAAUAUAAAACCUUAAUGUGUUAGCUGAUGACCAUACUGUCAGUGGGUUCCCCAGUAUUUUCACUAGGUACGUUUUAUCAUGAACAGGUCACUGAAAUGUUAACCACUUCCUGGUCCUCUUCUUUUGGGUAUCUCUAAGUUGACUUCAUUACUUUAUAAACUUUUUAGAAAGGGAAGCAAUACGGGACACAGAAUCAGAGAGAUAUGUCAGGUAAUAAUUUUCAUUUUAGUGAGAUUUUAACACCAUGAAGGAGUUGAUUAAUAGCACAAAUAGAAAAUAAGGAUAAUAGAAAUGGCAGAGAAAGGGAAUAAAAAUAGAUUAUCCUGUAGCCAAACAAAACAGAAUUCAAUGGAGUGCAAGGAAAAUGUGAUUUUUCUCUCCCACGGUGUGAUUUGGACAUGAAUGUUUUUUAUUAUGUAGUUUUAGGUCCCUUCUGAAAGUAAAACAUGUCAUAUAGAAUAAAUGCCAGGAAGAAAGUGAGCUAGGUAAUGGGCUUGAAUGAAUUCUAUAGAUUUCAUCUCUAAAUUAAAAGUAUAGAGACAGAUAUUUGAAAGUAUCUGUAUUGCAGAAAGAAGUUAUUGGCAUUUCUUCAGCAGUUAAAGAAGACUGUAUGUGGUUCUUAUGGCCUCUUGGCUCAUAGAAACAGGUUUCAGCAGGAAGAUGUGAAGAAAGUUGUUGCUUGGAACACACAGUACCUGCUGCUGAGGCAACUUUUCUCUGUUUGUUGUGCAUUUGGCCUCAUCAUAUCAGCAACACUUCUCCAUUGCUCUGCCUGCUUUCCUAACAGUACAUCAUGAGAUUUCAUAUUUAAAUGACUUGGGAACACAAAGGGCCAAGUGUAUGAGUAGAACAAGCCAUGUAAUAUCUAACUAUUGCAAUACAGGCCAAUCUGAUAGGCUUUGAUAUCAGGGAGAUAGUAAGGAAGGGUGAGACUGCUAGGGAAUUGUUGCCGAGGGAAAGCAAGGAUGGUCAGGGACGAGUGAGGCUGGGUCUGAGGACUGGUGAGGUAGAUGCUGUCAUAAGAAGGCAGCAGUUCAAUAUUAUGGGCUAUAUUUGUACUAUGUAAGAAUGGAGAUUUCAGGUUUUAAACAGUGGCAUCUAACUCAGAUGCUUAUACUGUACCAGUCAAAAAAAUGUGCUUAUGAGCUGCAUGCAGUCCAGGGGUCAUCAGACUGCAAACUGUGUUCUUGAAGGUAGAAUGAUUGUAUAUGUCAAUUAAACACAAUCAAGUGUAUGCCAGUUUAUGUCAUUGGAAGAUGGGCCUUUUACCUCACAUCUAUUCUGUAUUUUUUGUAUGUGAAGCACUUGGGCAGUUGAUACUGAUGCCCACUGCUUCAUUUUUUAAUCUAAAAAACAACACUAAACAAUAUUGGAAAAAGAAAUAGGAAUAUAGCCAUUUUUCUAGAACCAACGAAGAUAGAGAUGUGUUAAAUUUGCUGUUAGGCAUUGAUCAGUUGGCAAGGGCUGGGAGAAGAGCUUCCUGCCGUUAUACUUUGUUUAAAACACUCAGGAGGUACUAAAGCUCUGCUAACAUAGUCUUACUUUUGAAUUUCUCAAGUGUUAAGGCACAUUGAAUAAAAACACAGAGUCAUUUGUUUUAAAAAAAACAUGCAAAACACAUUACUGUGCUCUGAACUGAUCCUAGACCUGAUAACACACUAGAAUAGUUAUUCCAGGUCAGAAUUCAGAGGAAGAAAUACUAAUUACAAAGCUGUAGCAUGUUUUUUGUGGGUUUUACUUUUCUUGAAAUGGCUUCUUUCAAGUUUAGCAUCAACAUCCCACCAGCAUUAUCCCACUGCCCUCAUCACUCAUCUUGCUCUGGCUUAUGCACACAGCACAGCCUCGCACACCAGAGUUACAAUGAGAAACUGUGGACACAGCAGUGGCCUCAUGCUCAUUAGUAUUGUAACGAACCACAAGCCUUUCCUGUUCCUGGGUGUAACAUGAUAACUGGAGCCAACACUAGAGCUGCAUCUUCACAUCACCAAACAAGCCUAGAUCCAAGCUGUGCCACUGUGGGGGACUGAUCUUAGGGGAGAAUAACUGAUCCUUACAGAAUUCAGUAUUUUAUUUCUUACUCAUAGCUGCCUUUCCUAGUCUGUGAGUCCUAAUAGCUUAUGGCAGCCGUUAAAAGAUGCAUUUUUAAGCCGUUAAUGCACUAUUUUCAAUGGGCCAUUUUGUUCUUGGGGUUUUUAAAAACUAUGAAAACCAUCUGACAAGAUUCUGCACACUAAUAUCCUUAACCACUAAAAUCAUGCUAAAUACCAAAGCCGAAGACAACCUAGUGUUAUGGAUUCAUCGCAUGUGCAGAAUCUCAGACAUUCUGUUUUCCACCUCCAGAAAGUGUAAAAAUGAGAUGGAAAUGGUACUAUUAUCAUAAAAUGAGAGAGAGAGAGGGAGGGAGAGAGAGAGAGAGAGACAGAGAGUAGAGAGAUGGGGGAGACUAUUUUGUGCUGCACAUUACAGGAGCUGGGAACUUGAACUCUCUCUUGCCUCAUAGGUCACUUUUCCAUAGACAGACAUAGAUGGAGUAGGUAGGUGGAUGGAUGGUUAGAGAGCUAAUGUAUAUUUUUUUCCAGUUUUUGUUAAUGUCAAAGUAGAGAUUUUGAUAAUGAGAAACAUUUUGUAAUGUUCUCCCACUGAGUGUGAGGAAACCAAUUACUAAAAUAGCAGAAAAUCCUUUCUUGUAAUGAGACGGAGAAGGUUCCAGGAUUGGAGGUCUGAGUGUAGCAUCAUUUUCCAAAUAAAGGAACUCAGAAGAGUUCCUUUUCUCCCAGUCAGACACUUCAUUCUAACUUUGAGAUCUCGUGACCCUCACUGCAUGACUUAUAAUCCUGGUCUGUCACAGUGCCUAGCACCCAGCCAGUACUCAGGAAGCAUGAGCAGAACUGUUGGGUGGGAUUAUACCAUCCCCUUUCAAUGCAAAGUUCAAAUUUCCUUCACCAUGUAUUCAGCAUCUUCGUCAUCCACAUGGCUGCAUUCAGGAGACUUGCAUUCUGAGUAAAAGCAGACAUACUCUCUAGUAACACUAAUAUACCUAGUUAUCUUGAGGGAGAGGAAACAUCGGGCUAUUUGGAGAAAUUGUUAAAGCCAAAAAGUGCAUGAAAAUAGAUUAAAAUAGUUUCUGUGGCCUUUAAGUUUGUGAAGGAACAAAAAUAAAUAAGUAAAACCAAUGAAAUGAAGUUCUUCUGAGAAUGAUGAACCGAGGAUGCUGGCACCGACCACCUGCAACACUCAUGACUCUGCUUAGAACCCAAGCUGAAACUUCAACUUUCUUGGAGCAAAUAGAAAAUUCUAUCCAUUCAGCAUGAGAAACCACUGCCCGGUCUACUCUGCCAGCGUGGUGGGCACAGCGCCAAGCUGCAGUGAAGCCGAGUGCUACAGAACAUAAUGUUUCAAUAAUGGUGUUAUAUUGGUUCUUAUUCUUGAACAAAUGGGAAAUUAUACUUGUAAUUCAUCAAUAGCAAUCCGUGAUUAAAGGCCUCAUUAUCACUGAGAAAGUGAGCAUAAUGAGAAGCCAGUAAUGGACAGCAACAAAUGUUCCUGUGAAACCAGGAGGCUCAUUACCCUGUGUCCAAGCAGAGACACGUGGCACUGGAGUCUGGAUGUAACCAGGGCCAUCUACAGAUUUGACUAGAUUGUUAACUAGAUUGUGAGUCUAGUGAGGUUAGAAAAUGGGAGGUUUUUGUUGGACAUUUGUAAGUGAAAGGUGUUCUCCUGGAGAACACCAGUGAUGAGUAAGAACUGCUACCUUUAAGAACUUGUUUUCACAGGAAGCAGUGGUGAGGGGCAGAAAAGUUCAUGGUCAGCUCCAAAGAUUAAAUCCUAAUUAUCUUCUUAAAUCAUCCCCCCUUUCCAUUUUCAAUUAAAAUAUUGGCACAUAUAUUAGAGAUGAAUUACCAUUAUUUCUGGCUUUUGUUCAAGUGAUAGCGGAUUAAUACUGGCAAUAGCAGGAUUCCUGGAUGUACGUGUUCUGGAACUAAGUGGCCAUUGCCGAGCCAGAGCAGUGGGAAUGGUGGGACCUAUCUGCUCACCCAGGGCACACUUGCCCAGUUUCUCUUGGGGAUUCCUCUACCUUCUGAGUGAUUGUUGGCUGUAACGGUUCAGUCAGUGUCACUCUAGGAUGUCUUUUCUGCAGUGGUCAGCUUUGGCCCUUUCCUCUGGGACUCCCACAUACGUUCUUCACAGGAGCUGAUGUCUAUGCUUGCAAAGCACUCACGGGCAAGCCCACGAGAGCUCUGUGACUGGAAUGGCUUUAAAACAAGUGCUCAGGAAGCACAACUGUGCUUACCUUUGCUCCUCUUGUGUGCUCUAUCCUAGGGAGGGGGCUUUGUAUACUGCUACUCUUGUCUUCAAAGAGGUAUAUGUGUGAUAUGUGUGAUGGUAUAAAAGUAAUCACAGGUUAAUACAUAUAGCUUUACAGUGAAAAUCUACAGCCAUACAUAUCAUCCAGUGAUGGACUCUAGAAACAGACUGUAGAGAAUGACUUCCCCCGCUUGCUUCUAUGAUAUUUUAUACAAUUUUAUAUGCUAUAAAAUUUUGGAAUAUUUUUGCUAUUUUCAUUUGUAGAUUGUGGCUAGGGUCUUAUCAGCUCUUGUGCACCAUGUACAGUGACACAUACCCCGCCCCACAUCACUUUUGAAGUUUCCUCUCCCUGCUUCAUGUCCUCCCCUUGGUGGUUCCUUUCUUGUCUCUCAUUUUCUGGCAUUUCCUAAGCCUCUUUAGUUGAUUCUGCCCACAUAAGCCAUUCUACUUACAGUAUCAUUUGAGCACACAGAAACACCAAAUAGUGGGGGGUGAGGCACAUUUCCAGUAUAAUCUGAGUGAAGAAGUGUUAAAAACAAGGUAGAGGUCGGUAGGUGGGGAAUAAGGGGUAGAUUGGUGAAGAGGAGCAAGGAAAGGGGAGUUUAAAUGGAGGAAAGGAUUCAAAGCAAGGUGAAGCACUUCUAGGGUAAUACAGUGCCAUUGUCUUCCUUGACUGUGGGGCAAUUCUUCUUCUUCUUCUUCUUCUUCUUCUUCUUCUUCUUC